AUGAAGAACAUCAAGGACGUCGUCUGUUCAGAUGACGAUGAUAAUAAUAAAAAGCCAAGAUCAUCAUGGAAGGCCAUGGCCAACCAUCUCAAACGAAGAAUAGCAGUAGUGUUGUUGGUUGCGUUUGCAUUUUCAUGCCUGGUUUUGAGCAAACAGUCUUUAUAUCCCGAUCCUCCUCCUUCUCCUUCUUCUUUUUCUGCUUCUGCUUCUGCUUCAGUUGCCAUGGCUAAUCACACCAUCUCUCACCAGGGCAAUUUUGAUAAUUAUGAUUUGGAGAAUGUUUUAAGAGCGGCAUCUAUGGAAAACAAAACAGUGAUAUUAACAACGUUAAAUGAAGCAUGGUCAGAACCAGGAUCUAUAUUUGAUCUCUUUUUGGAGAGUUUUAAAAUUGGAGAUAACACACAAAAGCUGUUAAAUCAUUUGGUAAUAAUAACACUUGAUCACAAGGCUCAUGCUCGUUGCUUAUCAAUUCAUCCACAUUGUUUUGCUCUCAAAUCUCAUGGCCUUAAUCUUUCAUCUGAGGCUUUCUUCAUGACUCCUAAUUACUUGGAGAUGCUAUGGGCUAGGAUUCAUUUCUUGUCUACCAUCCUCCACAUGGGCUACAACUUUAUUUUUACAGAUACUGAUAUAAUGUGGAUUAGAGAUCCAUUUCUACACUUUUACGAAGAUGCAGAUUUUCAAAUAGCUUGUGAUAUCUAUAAUGGACACCCUUUUGACAGAAAGAAUAAGCCAAAUGGUGGAUUUAACUAUGUGAAAUCAAAUAAGAGAACAAUGGAAUUUUACAAGUUUUGGUAUUUAUCAAGAAAAGCUUAUCCAGGACUUAAUGAUCAAGAUGUGUUGAACAAGAUCAAGCAUGAUCCAUUCAUUGCAAAACUUGGGCUGCAAAUGAGGUUUCUUGAUACUGCUUAUUUUGGUGGAUUUUGUGCACGUACUAAAAAUUUCAACUCGGUUUGCACAGUUCAUGCAAAUUGUUGUAUAGGUUUGGAAGUAAAAGCUCAUGAUCUUAAGAUUGUGCUUGAAGAUUGGAGAAGGUUUUUGUUAAUCCCUCCAAAUUUAAAACCAUCAUCUUCAUUCUCUUGGAGAGCUCCACAAAAAUGCAGGUAA